UGCUCACAUCCUCUGCUCCAGCACUUCCUCAUUCACAGCAGGAGCUCCUUGCAGCAGCACGUUUGGGUCUCAGCACAUGCAGAGGGAGCACCGGGAGAUUCCACACAGCCUUCCCUCCCUCUCAGGACAAGGAGCCUACAGAGCAAUGCCUCCUGUGGAAGCUGAGCACUCCUGAACAGCCACCAGAGGUGACAGCCCAGGUGCUGGGACAUGUCCACGACUGAGCUCUGGUUCAACAGAGGCAGCAGCUGAAGUGUCUGGUGAAGCUCCUGACAGGGACAGAUUCUCAAGGGCUGGGAGGCACAAAAAUGAAAUGGGAGACUGCUCUCUGGAUGGUUGCCUGCUUACUGCUUGCCUCUCUGCCCAGAGGUCAGCUGGACACCACGUGCCAUGCAUUUGUUGGAGACAAUGUGCUCUUGCCUUGCAGCACCAGCCCUAGAGAGGUGAACCUGUCUGAGUUACUGCUCUACUGGCAGAUUGGCAACGAGGGGGUGCACUACUUUCACUAUGGGAAGGAUUCACUGAAGAAGCAGGACGAAAAAUUCCAGGGCAGAACCAGUCUUUUUCUAGACCAGAUGAAGCAUGGCAACUUUUCCUUAAAGUUGUCCAAUGUCCAGUUAGGGGAUGAUGCUGAAUAUUCCUGCAUCUACAGACUGUCUAAGAGCCACCAAACAAACAAAUCUACAAUUAAACUCCAUGUAUCAGCUCCACCUGUGAUUGAGGAGCCGCCUUCCCCUUCUGAGCAGAAUCAGAUUCCCUCUGGAAGCCCCAUGGAUGGGCCAUGUCUGGCCAUGCUUCCCCUCUCCCUCCUCCUCCUGCUGCCCCUGGAGCUUUGGCACUUGUGACAGGGGAAGCCAGCCUUGAGUUUGGGAAGUUCUCCUCACCAGAGGACCUUUGUGGGCAGGACAGGUCUGUGGGGCCAGUGUGGCACCUGCUGCAAGAAAAAACCACCAAGAGCUGAGAACAGAACCAGCACUGGGUGUUUGCACCCCACAUUCUGGUGUUCCACAAAACCAAGGGCAGCAAAACUCCGAGGUGCAAAGUCUGCUUUUGCAUUUGUUUCUUGGAGCCUGGUUUUAGUGCUGCCAGGAUAUACAAUUUAUUUUGGAUUGGGUGGGUUGGCUUUAAUGACGGGAUAAAAGGCUCACAAAACUCCAGGAUCAGAUUCUAGCUGAUCCUGGUGAGAUCUUUUGCCUCUCAUCUGCUUCAAGACAACUGAAAGGAGGCGUGGGGGUGGCUCCCCUCUGUGUCAGACAAAAACUGGAAGUAGGAAGAUACUCCCAUUUAGUGAAAUGUAAGGAUGGAAACUUCGUGGAACUUGAUUUUGUGGAACUUCAGCUUCUGUUUUCACUCCUAAGCGUCAUGGGCUAUCAGUAAGAGCCCUUUUUUCCACAAGAAAUGUACUAUUUCUUCAGCAGAAGGGAGAAACUGAUUAAGAAAGAGGGUAAAAGUUGAAAAAAUAUCCACAUAGAGGAAGGAAGUGAUGUAUUACUACAACAUCCACUGCUAAAUAAGCAAAAAAAUACAGAAGGCUGAAUUCAGUAUUAGCUUUUCUUUGUCAUGAAAGAUGGCAAAGCUGGAACUGUACGAUGAGAAAUCAUUACUGUGACAAUGUUGCUCCUUUAAAAACAGCACUUUUGGAGGGGAAAAAAAUAUUUUAAAACUCAUCAGAAUAAUUGUAACUGAUACCUAUGCAAAUUAAAUGGGUUUAUUUCUGGAAAUGUUCAAUUCAGGUAGCAGAGGUGUCCUGUGCAAAACUUGGGUCCUGCAUACAAACAAUGUCAAGGAAGUGCAGAAGUUGUUUUUCUUUCAGGCCAGAGCUGCAACUACCCUGUUUCACAACCAAAAGGCAUGCAGAGAGCAGAACUGGUCCUCAGCAGUGGCUGAACAGUCCCUCCUGCUGAGCCCUGACUCACAAGGAUGCACUCAAAGCCACUUCCACCUGCAACAGCUGCACCUUUGUUUUUUCCAAUGGAGAGACAAGAUUGUUUUUGCAAGGAAGGGACAGAAUAAAUCAGAGCUUAACAUGGACAUAAAGGGGACAGUUACCUUUGAAUUUCUGAACUAAAGGCCCUUUCCCCAUGGUGGGGAAGAGAACCAAAAUCCCAGACACGGCCUGGGCUGGUGCUGAUGAUGCUCAGCUGAUAUUUGACUGCCCUGUGCACAGAGCAGCUCAGUGGAACAGCUGGGCUCCAACUGCACAGAGAGAUGUGACUGUAAGAAUUGUACACACUGUGACUGUCUUUUUGUGUCCCACCCUCCAAAUGUUUGUCUCAGAUUUUGUGUAUUUUUCAAGACACAAUUUGAUUACAAAUAAAAACCUGAAAUUAAA